CUCCCCUCCCUGCUCUGUGGUUUGCUCUGUGUUUUCCCCCAUGAAAACUUGAAUCCUCCCGGUGAUAAGUGAGGUCCUAUGUAGACAGAGCAGGGGAGGGGGGAGGAGCUGUGGACGUCCUCAUUCUCCCCCUGCUUGAAUCUUACAGAUAGGGGCGUUUCUGAGGAUGAGCCUAUGGCUGCCUCAGAAAGCACCCGCUCAUGCAUAUGCAUAAGCAGGGAGGAGCUGACAGAGGCUAGGGGGAGCACAAACACUGCUGGGAGGAAGAGAUCUCCGUCCCCAAGAUGGCGGCUGCAAUGUAAUGAAUAGGGGACGGACGCAGGACUACUGGGCUAUGCUGGCAACUCUAAUAUCUCAGAAACGGCUGCAUAUAGUGAGCACCAGUGAGGUCCUGCUAUCUCCAGACAGAGACCAGUGUGAUCGAGCAGGUGUUUGCCCAAAGAUUGAAUGUGGGACCUUAGAAAUAAAAAUAACUCUACUUGUAAAUGAGCUCCAGGCCAUGAAUGUGGACAUAGAAAACAUCCACCUGUUAGACAGAAAAUGCCGGGGAUUACUCAACAAUGGGGGCAUUUUGUCUAUAACAAUGAAGACUCAGGAAGGUGUGUGCGGGACUGUGCUUACUACAUCGGAGACAGAAGCAACAUAUAGGAACACUGUUUUCCUGCCACCGAAUCCAGCUGCGAUUAUUGUUCGAGAAAUACUCAACAUCAAUGUGGUCUGCACUUAUCCUCUGUAGCAGAUCGUAAUGUCAGGAAUAUCUCAAAAACAUGAUAGAAAGUGAAAAAAUGAAGAAGAGCUUUCUAUUGUUACGAAGGGGCUUUUCCAGUUCAAUAGAAAUAAAAGUUCUGUGUUCAAAAGUUCUGCAAAAUAUAUUUGUUGACAUAGAAUGGAUAAACUCUUGAUUAU